UUAUUUACACGUUUAAUAAACACAUUUUUUUUUAGUAGUUUGACGAAUAUAUUAACUACUCGCAAAACAAAUUUCUAAUGAAUGUGGUUGCGAUAUGUUUGUCGAAAGUGCCGAGCGUAAAAUCUGGGUGUUGUUGUGGGAGUCAUGGCGUCCUACAGUAAGCUGACAGAUAUUUUCCCCAUUCAGAGCCAGCUAGAUAUUGCUUUAGAGGACUCGACAACUCAAGAAGAGAAGGAAAAUCUCGUACAUCAGUAUUUGCAAAAAAUAGACGAGAAGGAAGAUUUAAUUAUACCGGAUUUUGAAGAUGGACUGGAAUGGUUGAACACAGAUAGGCCACUGUCACUCAGAAAGGAACUGUCAGGCAAAGUGGUGGUGCUUGACUUCUUCACCUACUGCUGCAUAAACUGCAUGCACCUACUUCCUGAUUUACACCAUUUGGAGCAGAGUUACUCCAUAGAAGACGGUGUGGUUGUCGUAGGUGUGCACUCGGCUAAAUUCCCCAAUGAGAAAGUCCUACAGAACAUACGCAGUGCGGUGUUGAGAUAUGACAUCACCCAUCCCGUAGUGAACGACAGCGAUGCUCGUCUGUGGCAGGAGCUGGAGGUGUCCUGCUGGCCCACACUGGUGCUGCUGGGACCCAGGGGAAACCUGCUUUUCUCACUGGUGGGUGAAGGUCAUCGAGAACGGCUCUUCCUUUUCACUGCUGCUGCCCUCAAGCACUACAGAGAACAAGGGCUGCUCAAGGACCACGGUGUGGGAAUCAAACUGUAUAGAGACUCCCUACCCCCCUCUAUCCUCUCUUUCCCUGGGAAAAUAGCCAUGGACCCCAGUAGCAAGCAGUUGGCUAUUGCCGACACCGGACACCACAGGGUUUUGGUGGUCUCCAAUACUGGGCAGGUGCUGCAUUCUGUAGGGGGUCCCUCAAGUGGGAGACGAGAUGGAAAUUUGUCUGAGGCACAGUUCAGCUCCCCACAAGGGGUGUUCAUAAAGGGAGACACGGUCUACGUGGCUGAUACUGAGAACCACCUUGUUAGAAAGAUCAACCUUUCAGAAGGAAAAGUCUCGACCUUAGCCGGCACUGGUGUGCAAGGCACAGAUAAAGAAGGCGGAGCACUGGGACCACAACAGCCAAUCAGCUCUCCCUGGGAUGUUACCCUUGGCAACACAGGUGGUGAUGUAUUGUGGAUAGCCAUGGCAGGAACGCAUCAGAUCUGGGCUCUAUUCCUGGAGGACGGGAAGCUUCCCAAAGGGAGUGACAGCAAAAAAGGAACAUGUGUGCGCUUUGCGGGCAGUGGGAAUGAGGAGAACAGAAAUAACGCAUACCCUCAUAAAGCGGGACUGGCCCAGCCGUCUGGCCUGACUCUUGCCCCAACAGAGCCAUGGGAGUGUCUCUUCAUCGCCGACAGUGAGAGUAGCACCAUUCGUAGCCUUUCGCUGAAGGACGGAGCAGUCAAACAUGUGGUGGGCGGAGAGAGAGACCCUAUGAACCUGUUUGCGUUUGGGGACGUUGAUGGUAAGGGAAUAGAUGCAAAACUGCAACAUCCAUUAGGAGUGUCCUGGGAUGAGGGCAGCAGCCUCCUCUAUGUCGCAGAUUCUUACAAUCACAAGAUCAAAGUGGUGGAUCCGAAAACUAAGCAGUGCAGAGUGCUGGCAGGCACAGGGGAGGCUGGGAACGGGAUUGGCCCAGGCUUCCUGGAGUCCAGCUUCAAUGAACCCGGAGGCCUAUGUGUGGGUGAGGGAGGAAAGCUGCUGUAUGUGGCAGACACCAACAACCAUCACAUCAAAGUCCUCGACCUGGAGACCAAAACGGUCUCUUUGUUUCCCAUUGUAGGGAAGCUAGAGGUUGAUGCUAUCCUCACAACUACUACAAACAACACACCUGCGAUCAAAAAGCUUCCCAAGCUUCCCAAAUCAGCCCCAGUCCUUACCAUGCCAUCAAUCACAGUUUCUUCAGGGCAGUCAGUCACUCUUUUGCUGAAAUUGGCGCUACCGACUGGGACCAAGCUGACCGAAGAAGCCCCUAGUUUCUGGAGCCUCUCUGCAGAAGGUAAUGAGUGGUUACUGGAAGGGCAAGCUGUGACGGGGAGCAUCGGUGAUCUCUCUGAACCCAUCUCGAUCGUCUCAUCCAUCCCAGCAGCCCCUGCAUCCCCAGACCCAACGCUGAGGCUCGAUGCCUGGGUCUACUGCUGCCUUUCUGAGGGCGGGGCUUGUAUGAUGAAGGCAGUGUCCUUCAGACAGCCUCUUCUGAUUGGUUCCACAUCCCAGGAAGGAUCUGUUGCUGUGACACUCGAGCAUGCCUUUUAAAACAGGCGUGCACAUGAUUCUUUGAGCAUAUUUAAAGAGAUAAUUAUGACAAAUUUAAUAAUUUGCUCACCCUCAUGUCAUUCCAAACCUGUAUGACUUUAUUUCCUUCUUCUGUGGAACACACAAAAUUUGAAAAAAGUCUUUUUUUUGUCCAUACGUUGAAAGUCAAUAGGGUCCAGUGGGGUUGUUUUGGACCCCAUUGACUUUCAUUGUAUGGACUAAAACAGUUUUUCCACUUUCUGUUCUUCUUUCGUGUUCCGCAGAACAAAGACAUAAUGACAUGAGGGUGAGUAAAUUAUUUUUAGGUGAAUAUCCCAUUAAUAUUCAAAUCACAUCCUGUGGCUAACACAUACUGUAGUAAUCAGACUUCACAUGCUUGUCACGCUAAUGACGGAUCGCAAGUACUAAUUGCAGAGUCAGGAUCUGACUGUUAAAUCUUGACAAAUAUAGAACAAAGUGCCUCGCUCUCAUCAGCAAUAUAUUUUGUGAUUCUGCUAGGGGUGUUUCACAUGAUUAAUCUUGUGUAAUGCCUUUGUUAAAUAGCCUGAUAUCAUUAUCAGCCAUCUUCAUUCACUCACUCACAUGCUACCACACAAUAAUAUUCGAAAUGAUGCAGUGUAGUGUAAAAAUGUAGCCUGUCAGCUGCUCCGACAGCCCUUCAUGGUUGGUUUGGCUGAUAUUAUUAUUACUACUACCUUUUUUCCCACAGUUUUUUUUUUUCCUUAACCAUAUGAUACUUUAAGGCAGUCUUGUAAAUGAUCAGUCAGAUUUAAUGCUGUUUUUAUUGGCAUUAUUUAUUAUUGUUUACCAGGCAUAAGUGCCUUUCGAUGAGCAAUACACUUUAUGUGAAUGAAUUAUGUGCGGUGACAUAAAUUUUUGUGUUCAGUCUUUUGCGAAAUGGAAUCAUGAGCCAUUUACAUCUACAUAUUAAUGUUUUCUGAAAUAAUAGGCUCUCAGUGCUGUUAAGCAUUAACAAUGGAACUGCAAUGUAUUCCUAAAGCUGGCUGAUACAUCAUAGAUCAUGUGCUUUCAGAUCACGCACUUGGAGAGUGUGAGUGUGAAUCAGACCAGGUGAUUCUUCUAGACGCUGUGUAGAAAAGGCCACUAAAAUUGUUCUGUUUCUGUUUUUGCCUGCUUUUCCUGUGGCAGUUCCUGCCCAUAAGCUAUUUAAUAUAAACCAAAUUUAUCUCUCUCUCCCUUCUGAGGGCAGCUCUUUUAUACAACCUCCAAAUUCUGCACUUUAACAGAUUAAUUGGAUGCAGUGGUCUAAUAAAGUUUAUUUUCCCAGCA